AUGAAUAUUCUUAUCCCAAUGGGUGGUAUUGGUCAUCGUUUUAGUAAAGAAAAUUAUCGUUUUCCGAAACCAUUAAUAAAUAUUGUUGGACGACCAAUGUUAUUUUGGUUAUUAGAUCAUUUAGAUACCGAAGAAGAUGAUAUAAUUUAUCUUGGAAUAUUGGAAAGUUUAGAAAAACAAUUUGAUUUAAGUCAAACAUUAAAAAUUGAAUAUCCAAAACGAAAAUUUGAAACAAUUAUUUUAGAUUUUGAAACACGAGGUGCUGUUGAAACAUUAUUUAUAAUGUUACAAACAAUAAAUAUUGAUCGUUUAAAAUAUAAAACAAUAUCACUUGAUUGUGAUACAAUUUAUUUUGAAAAAAUUUUAAAAAAAUUUCGUCAAUUAUCAAAUCAAAUGAAUGCAUCAUUCUUUUUCAAAGAUAAUAUUGGUAAACCAAUUUAUUCAUAUUUAAAAUUAGAUGAAGAUAUUACUCAAGAAAAUUAUCCUUUAAUAAAAGAUGUACGAGAAAAAAUCAUGAUAUCAAAUAAUGCAAAUACAGGUGCAUAUGCAUUUCGUUCAGGUUUUAUUUUAAAAGAAUAUUGUAUUCAAAUUAUUGAUCAAUCAGUGGGUGAUUCAGGUGAAUAUUAUACAACAAAUAUUAUUAAAUUAAUGUUAGAUAAUCAAGAAGAUUUUGUUGGAAUUGAAGUUAAUUUUCAAGAUUUUGUUUGUGUUGGUACACCUGAUCAAUUAAAUGAAUUUUUAAAAAAUUUAAAAUUAAAAAAAAAUUUAAUUAAUAUUAGAAAAAUGAGAUUUUGUUUUGAUUUAGAUAAUACAUUAGUUUCUUAUCCAACAAUAUAUGGAGAUUAUAAUUCAGUUGAACCAAAAAUUCAUAAUAUUCAAUUAGUUAGAGAAUUACAUAUGGCUGGACAUUAUAUUAUUAUUCAAACAGCAAGAAGAAUGAAAACACAUCAAGGUAAUGUUGGAGCUGUUAUUGCCGAUAUUGGAAAAAUUACAUUAGAAACAUUAACUAAAUUUAAUAUACCUUAUGAUGAAUUAUUAUUUGGUAAACCAUAUGCUGAUGUUUAUAUUGAUGAUUCAGCCAUUCAUGCUUUAAUUGAUACAACUAAAGAAAUAGGUUGGUCACUUGAGAAAAAUGUUUUAGAUAAUAAUAAUAAUAAUAAUGGAAAAAAAAUCGAAGGUUUUGUUUGUUCUCGUCAUUUUCAUACAAUUGAACAAUUAGAUAAUUUAAUUGUUAAAAGUUCUUCAAUUGAUGAUCUUCAAGGUGAAAUUUAUUUUUAUAAUAAUAUUCCAUUAAAUAUUAAAGAUUUAUUUCCAAAAUUACAUCGUAUUGAAACAAAUAAUCAUGCAAAUAUUUCAUCAAUAAUUAUUGAAAAAAUCUCCGGUACAACUUAUUCACAUUUAUUUACAAAUUUAUGUUUAACUGAAGGUCGUCUAUUAAAAUUUCUAUCAUCAUUAAAAUCAAUUCAUUCAUCAUUAUCAUUCGAUUCAAUUAAUAAUAUGAAGGCAAAUAUUUAUGAAAAUUAUUCAUCAAAAAUGUUAUUUCGUUAUGAAAAAUACAAUGAAAUUUAUCUAAAUUUAGAUCAAUAUUUUGAAAAUUCAUCAAUAAUUAAUUCAAAAGAUUUACUUGAUUAUUUUUUAAAAUAUUUUAAUCAAUAUGAAAUAUCUUUACGUGCUCAACAUAAUGCAAUAAUUCAUGGUGAUCCUGUAUUUAGUAAUGUUUUAUUAACACCAUCAAGUCAUGUGAUAUUUUUAGAUAUGAGAGGAUCAUUAGGAAAACAAAUGACACUUCAAGGUGAUUUAAAUUAUGACUUAGCUAAAGUUUAUCAAUCAUUAACGGGUUAUGAUUUUAUUUUAUUAAAUAAAAAUCAUUUAUUAUCAACAACAAUAGUUCAAACAUAUCUUUUACAACUUAAUGAAAUAUUUCAAAAUUUUAUUUUAAAAAAUUAUUCAAAUAAUUUUAAUUUUAAUGAUUUAAAAAUGAUAACAGCACAUUUAUAUUUUACUUUAAUACCAUUACAUAACAAUUUUCAACAUCAAUUACAAUUCUAUAAACUUGCUAUUGAUUUAUAUAAUCAAACUUCUUUCAAUUUUAACUAA